GCGCGCGCGGCUUCUGGGCAACCGGCACAACACAACAAAAUGGCCGCCGCAUCGCUGGACGCUUGAAGGGAACUAUCUGCGCGUUUCCCGUCCCGCCUCGUCCCGCGGGCCCGCUCCGCUCGGCUCCUCGGCGGUUUUGAUGGACACCCGGCUUUAUUCUUGCCAUGAAGAAAGGUUCUCAGAAAAAAUUUCCCAAAGCAAAGAUGCCCCCAUCACCUCGCUCUCCUAGUUCACCAUCCCUCACGUCCAAUACAAGAUCUAGGUCACUUUCACCUUUAAGUGGAUCUGAGACUCUGCCUUUUAAUUUUGGAAGACAGUGGGAUGAGCAAGUUGAGAUUACAGAUGAAAACACCACGCUUUUGGACCACCAAGGCCGUAAAGAAGCUGAUUCACAUGCUGGAGUCCGAUAUAUUACAGAAGCCCUUGUUAAAAAACUUACUAAACAGGACAAUUUGGCUUUGGUAAAAUCUCUGAACCUUUCACUUGCUAAAGAUGGUGGCAAGAAAUUUAGGUAUAUCGAAAAUUUGGAAAAAUGUGUUAAACUUGAAGUACUGAAUCUCAGCUAUAACAUAAUAGGGAAGAUUGAGAAGAUGGACAAGCUGGUAAAAUUACGUGAACUCAACUUAUCAUAUAACAAAAUCUGCAAAAUUGAAGGCAUAGAAAAUAUGCAUAAUUUGCAAAAGCUAAACCUUGCAGGAAAUGAAAUUGAACAUAUCCCAAUAUGGUUAGGGAAGAAGUUAAAAUCUUUGCAAAUCCUCAAUCUGAAAGGGAACAAGAUAUCAUUGCUCCAAGAUGUAAGCAAGUUGAAACCACUUCAAGAUUUGACUUCUCUGAUCCUACUUGAAAAUCCAGUUGCGACCCUUCCUCAUUACAUCCAGUUUACCAUUUUCCACCUUCGCUCAUUAGAAAGUUUGGAAGGUCAGCCAGUAACUACUCCGGACAGACAGGAGGCUUUUGAGAGAUUCAGUUUAGAAGAGGUAGAGAGACUGGAAAGAGACCUGGAAAAGAAGAUAAUGGAAACCGAAGAGCUUAGGAGCGCACAGACAAGGUUUCUUGAGGAAAUUAAAAGUCAAGAUAAGUUGAACAAAUCGCUGAAAGAGGAGGCCAUGUUACAAAAACAGAGCUAUGAAGAGCUGGAGAGUAACCUAAACACGAAAAAUGAAUUGCUAAAACAGAAGACCAUGGAACUAAUGCGAGCGUGUCAAAAGCAGUAUGAGAUGGAACAGGAAUUGGCCUUUUAUAAAAUUGAUGCCAAAUUUGAGCCACUAAAUUAUUAUCCAUCAGAGUAUGUCGAAAUUGAUAAAACCCCAGAUGAAAGCCCUUACAUUGGCAAAUCCAGAUACAAGAGAAAUAUGUUCACUACAGAGAGUUACAUUGUUCCAAAUGCCCAGACCAUAAAGAUCACGAAGGUGGGUCCAGGUGAAAGAGAACAACGCAGAGAUGAGCACGGGAACUUGAGAGCGCAUGUGUCACUGGACGCACAACUGGAAGACAAAGAAAAAAAAAUAACUGCAGCACAAACUCGACUUUCAGAACUACGUGGUGAAAUAGAAAAGGCAGAACAACAAAUUUUAAGAGCUACGGAGGAAUUGAAACAACUGGAGGAAGCGAUACAGCUCAAAAAAAUUUCAGAAGCAGAGAAAGAUCUUCUUUUCAAGCAGUUGGGUAGUAGAAUACAACUUCUCAAUAAAUUACGCCAAGAAGUUGUGGAUCUUGAAACACAGAUGGAAAAGCAAAGGCAAGAAAUUGCUGAAAAGCAGAACGAGAUCAAGGACCUGCAAGUAGCCAUAGACAGCCUGGAUUCCAGAGACCCAAAACAUUGCCAUAUGAAGGCUCAGAAAAGAGGUAAAGAACAACAACUUGACGUCAUGAACAAGCAGUACAAACAACUUGAAAGCCGUUUGGAUGAGAUACUUUCUAGAAUUGCCAAAGAAACUGAAGAAAUUAAGGACCUUGAACAACAGCUUACUGAAGAACCGAGAAGGUUCUGUAAACAUACCGAAUCCUUACAGGAGAUGGCAGAACUGGAGAGUGCCCUCCAGGAGCAGCAUGAGGUGAAUGUAUCCCUGCAGCAGACCCAGGGAGAUCUCAGUGCCUAUGAGGCUGAGCUAGAAACCCAGCUAAAGAUACGGGAUGCUGAAGCCAGCCAGCUCAAGGAGGAGUUGGAAAAGCUUAGAAGGUUCAGCCAGUUAGAACAAUCAGCCCUUCAAGCAGAACUUGAGAAGGAGAAGCAAGCCCUCGAGAAUGCCCUCAGAAAAGCCCAGCUCGCAGAAGGAAAGGACCAGGAAAACAGUGAGCUCCGCACCCAGCUUCGACAGCUGCAGGAUGACAAUGGCCUGUUAAAACAGCAACUGAAAGAUUUCCAGAAUCACCUUAGCCAUGUGGUUGAUGGUUUGAUUCGUCCAGAAGACGUGGCAGCUCGUGUGGAUGAGCUAAGGCAAAAACUGAAGUCAGGAGCCGGGGAAAUGAGAAUCCAUACCCCUUCCGACGUCUUAGGGAAAAGCCUUGCUGAUUUGCAGAAACAGUUCAGUGAAAUCCUUGCACGCUCCCAGUGGGAAAGACAGGAAGCGCAAGUGAGAGAGAGAAAACUCCAGGAGGAAAUGGCUCUGCAACAAGAGAAACUGGCCAACGGACAAGAGGAGUUCAGGCACGCCUGCGAGAGAGCCCUGGAAGCAAGAAUGAGUUUUGAUAAACGGCAGCAUGAAGCGAGAAUCCAACAGCUAGAGAAUGAAAUUCACUAUUUGCAAGAAAAUCUGAAAAGUAUGGAGGAAAUCCAAGGCCUUACAGAUCUCCAACUUCAGGAAGCUGAUGAAGAGAAGGAGAGAAUUCUGGCCCAACUCCAGGAGUUAGAGAAAAAGAAGAAACUUGAAGAUGCCAAAUCCCAGGAGCAGCUUCUCAGUCUAGAUCGAGAAUUGAAGAAACUAAAGAAAGCCGUGGCCGCCUCUGAUAAGCUAGCCACGGCUGAGCUCACCAUUGCCAAAGACCAGCUCAGGUCCCUUCAUGGAACUGUUCUGAAAAUUAACCAGGAGCGAGCAGAGGAGUUGCAGGAGACGGAGAAGUGCAGCAGGAAGGCAGCACAGGCGGCCAGGGAUCUGACCCGAGCAGAAGCUGAGAUUGAACUCCUGCAGAACCUUCUCAGAGAGAGAGAGGAGCAGUUUCGACUUGGAAUAGAAAAAGUAGAUGUAGACCCCGGAGGAGCAAACCCACAGGUGCUGGAGGUGGAGAAACUAAAUGAGACAAUGGAGAGGCAAAGGACAGAGAUCGCAAGGCUGCGGAAUUUACUAGACCUCGCCGGGGCUGAUAACAAAGGAAGCUUUGAAAAUGUCUUGGAGGAAAUCGCUGAACUUCGACGUGAAGUGUCUCAUCAGAAUGAUUACAUCAGCAGCAUGGCAGAUCCUUUCAGAAGACGAGGCUACUGGUACUUUAUGCCACCACCGUCAUCAUCAAAAGUUUCCAGCUAUAGUUCUCAGGCCACCAAGGACUCUGGUGUCGGCCUAAAGUACACGGCCUCAACCCCUGUUAGAAAACCGCGGCACGGACAGCGCGAUGGGAAGGAGACGAGUGGGCCUCCUCCUGUCUCAGGAUACUGGGUGUAUUCUCCCAUCAGGAGUGGGCUACAUAAAUCGUUUUCAAAUAGAGAUGCAGACAGUGGAGGAGAUAGCCAGGAAGAGAGCGAGCUGGAUGACCGUGAGGACCGCCCCUUUGUGCCUCCUUCUGGAUACAUGAUGUACACUGUGUUUCCCGAUGGUUCUCCCGUUCCCCAGGGCAUGGCCCUGUAUGCGCCACCUCCUCCCCUGCCCAACAACAGCCAGCCUCUCAGCCCUGGCACCGUUGUGUAUGGCCCACCUCCUGUCGGGGCCCCCAUCGUGUAUGGGCCUCCGCCCCCCAACUUCUCUGUCCCCCUCAUCCCUGUGGGGGUGCUGCAUUGCAACGUCCCGGAGCACCAUAACCUGGAGAAUGAAGUUUCUAGACUGGAGGACCUCAUGCAGCAUUUAAAACCAGAGAAACAGGAGCGGUGCGUGCGAGCAUCCAGGCGGCAGCCGGUGAGAGAGUUGGAAGAGCUGCAGCGUAAUAUCGAUGGUCUCUUGCGAGAGAAGAAAGACUUAGAGCAUGAAGUGGAAGAAUUACACAGAACCAUCCAGAAACACCAACAACGAAAAGACUUCCUGGAUGGAAAUGUUGAGAGUCUUAUGAGCGAACUAGAAAUAGAGAAGUCACUCAAACACCAUGAAGAUAUUGUGGAUGAAAUUGAGUGCAUCGAGAAGACCCUUCUAAAACGUCGAGCGGAGCUCAGGGAAGCCGACCGGCUGCUGGCCGAGGCCGAAAGUGAACUUUCGCACACGAAGGAGAAAACAAAAGAUGCUGUUGAGAAGUUCUCUGAUGCCAAGAGAAAUCUAUUGCAAGUCGAAAAAGAUGCUGAGGAGUUAGAAAGGAGAGCCCAGGAAACGGCCAUUAACCUCGUCAAAGCUGACCAGCAGCUCAGGUUACUGCAGGCUGACACAAAGGGUUUGGAGCAGCACAGAAUGGAGCAGGAAGAAACUUUGAAAGAAAUAAACAAAGUCGUUGCAGCAAAAGACUCAGACUUCCAGUGUCUGAACAAGAAGAGGGAGAUGCUGACAGGAGAGCUGCAGAAACUGCAGGAGGACGUGGAGGCCGCACAACGCAGUGAGGAGCACCACCUGCAUGUCCUGGAGGAGUCAGAGACCCUCCUGCAGGCCAAGAAGGCUGAGCUGGAAAAGCUGAAAGGCCAGGUGUCGGACCAGCAGCAGGAGCUGGCCGGCUUGGACAGAGAGUUGGGGCAGAAGAAGGAGGAGCUGCAUCUACUUCAGGGAAGCAUGGUCCAGGCCAGAGCUGACCUCCAGGAGGCGCUGAGACUGGGAGAAACCGAAGUCACUGAGAAGUGCAAUCAUAUCAGGGAAGUAAAAUCUCUUCUGGAAGAACUGAGUUUUCAGAAAGGAGAACUCAAUGUCCAGAUCAGUGAAAAAAAAACUCAGCUUGCACUCAUAAAGCAGGAAAUUGAGAAAGAGGAAGAAAAUCUUCAGGUAGUUUUAGGGCAGACGUCUAAACAUAAAACUGAACUAAAGAAUAUUCUGGACAUGCUGCAACUUGAAAACAGUGAGCUGCAAGGUUUGAAGCUACAACACAACCAAAAGGUGUCUGAGUUAGAGAAGACUCAGGUCGAGGUGCUGGAGGAGAGGCUGGAGUUAGAGAAUCUGCAGCAGACGGCCCUGCGACAGAAAGGGGAAAUCGAGUGGCAGAAGCAGGUCCUUGAGAGGGACAGACGGGAAAUAGAGCGGAUAACUGCCGAGACCCGAGCGCUACAGUCCUGUGUGGAAUCUUUGAGCAAAGAAAAGGAAGAUCUUGAAGAAAACUGUGACAGCUGGGAAAAGAAGUUGGCCCAGACCAAACGGGUUUUAGCAGCUGCGGAGGAGAAUAGCAAAACGGAGCAGGCAACCUUCGAGAAGCUGGAAUCAGAUGUCAGAAACCUGCAGCAGGAGCUGGACCGACUGCACAGGGAGAAGCUCUCGCUGCACAGAGACGUGGCGGCAACGCAGCAGCAGCUCCGAGAGAAACAAGAAGCAGUAAACGCACUACAGGAAGAACUAGCUGAAGUCGAAGACCAUUUGAACCUAGCCAAACAGGACCUGCUUCGCGCCACCACACAGAAGGACGUGCUGCUCAGUGAGCAGGCCAGGCUCCGGAAGGACGUCGGCGAGUGGAGGGAGAACGUGGAAAACUGCCAGAAAGAAGGGGAGACCAAGCAGCAGCAGCUUCAGGAGCUUCAAAAGCAGGUUGAAGAAAACAAGGCGAAGCUGGCCCAACAAGAAAUGAUGUUUCAGAAACUCCAGAAAGAGACCGAAUGUGAAGAAAAGAAGUUAGAAGCCAGUAAAGGGACUCUGAAGGCGCAGCAGCAACAGCUGGAAAAGGAAUUAUCGGAGCAGAAGAGCGAGCUGGAGCAGGUGCUCACCAAGGUGCUGGCGGCGGAGGAGCGCGUCCGGGUUUUGAAGGAAGAGGAGCGGUGCAGCGAGACCCUGGAGAAGGCGCUCUCCCAGGCCAAACGACAGCUUUCAGAACGGGAGCAGCAACUAACGGAAAGGUCAGGUGAGCUACAGACUCUGCAGAAAGAGGCGGACUCGAUGAGGGCCGACUUCAGCCUCCUGCGGAACCAGUUCUUGACAGAAAGGAAGAAAGCCGAGAAGCAGGUCGCCAGCCUGAAGGAGGCACUCAGGGUCCAGCGGAGCCAGCUGGAGAGGAACCUUCUGGAGCAAAAGCAGGAGAACAGCUGCAUGCAGAAGGAGAUGGCGACAAUUGAACAGGUGGCCCAGGACAACCACGAGCGGGCCAGGCGCCUGAUGAAGGAGCUCAGCCAGAUGCAGCGCGAGUACGCGGAGCUCAGGAGCCAGAUGACCAACCAAAAGGAUUUGGAGAGAAGACAAAUCGAAAUCAGUGAGGAAAUGAGAUCACUUAAAUCUGAGGUGAAAGAUGAAAUCAGAGCCAGCCUGAAGAAUCUCAACCAGUUUCUUCCAGAACUGCCAGCAGAUCUGGAGGCGAUUUGGAAAAGGAAUGAAAACCUAGAAGGCGGGUUGGAAAGCUUGAAAGAGAAUUUCCCAUUCACCGUGAGUCAGAGGCCAUCACCUUUUGAAGAAAAACUGAAUUUUUCCCAGAUUCACAUCAUGGACGAGCACUGGCGUGGGGAGGCGCUCCGAGAGAAGCUGCGCCACCGCGAAGAUCGCCUCAAGGCCCAGCUCCGACACUGUAUGUCCAAGCAAGCGGAAGUGCUGAGUAAGGGGAAGCGGCAGACGGAGGGCACCUUACACAGCUUGAGGAGACAGGUCGAUGCUCUGGGGGAGCUGGUCACCAGCACCUCUGGGGACUCCACGGCGUCCCCCGGUCUGUCUCAGACAGAGUCUUCCCUUGCUGAGGACUUUCACCCUGGACAGAGCCAGAGCUCCUGCCAGAUUCUCCGAGGUCCGUCACAAUUUCCGGGCACCACCGGCUUCCGGCCCACAGGGCACAUAGCACACAGUUCUUUUAACUACCACUUUCAGUUGGAAGAUCUUCAGUUCUAACUUACUGUACCGUCUUAAGGAGGGAGCCGGUCAGCCAGCUGAGGAAACCCACCCGAGGAGAUCCCUUCUCUGCUACCUCCCGUUAUCCAGAGCCCGAGACCUGGGAGGCCGCGCCUCCCCGGCAGCGUGUUCCCCCUGCGUGGCCGGGGCCGGGGCCUGCGUGUAAGUCACGUGGACAUAAGGGAAUCGCUGUAUACAGUUUAAAGCAGGGUCCUCGAUGGCCGAGGGUUUUCUUUUUAUCUUUGAAAUGUGUUGCUGUAAAACUAGUGCUGAUUGUAAUUGCAAAUUUGAAUCUAUAAACUGGCAAAUUGUAGCUACAAAGAGAAAAAAAAUGUACUCCAGCCCUUCAUUUAUAGUGUCAAAUUUUAUUUUUGGAUUUUGCUUAAAAUCUAUUUUCAUAUGAAAAUAAAA